CAAAAGCACUACAGAAUCACUUCCAAACUCCAAAGAUAAAAGAAAAAGAUACUAAAGCAGAAAAGGAGAGCAAAGGGAUCCCUCAGUAUAAUAACUUGCACAAACUAGCAAGCCAUCCACUGCAUCGUUCCUCCUCUGGAGCUCAAGUCGGCAGCAGAGAUGGCAAGAGACUUGUGCACUGGCUUGCCAUUCCUCUUCUGCAUUGCUCUCCUGGUGUCCCUGGAAGCGCACUCUGCAGGGGCCAGAGUUGCACUACAGGUGGCUGCUCCGGCUGUGGCUUCAGCAAUGGCAAGGCCAGAAAACAACUUGGAUCCUUUCUACACUAGCAAGAGGAAAGUUCCUAACGGGCCUGAUCCCAUUCAUAACAGGAGAGCUGGGAAGUCAGGCAGACCUCCUGUUAGAGCUUGAGGAUUGAGGACCAGAGACUGACGCAUGUAAACUUGGAAAUUAUGAAAGAUGGAUUAGAGGAUAUAUACAAACACUCCUGCAACAUUAGCCUUAACUUUGCCAAAGUUGUGCUCUUUAUCAAGUUCAUCAUUAAAAGGCGGUGAAGCUUCCAUCACACAAGACGAUUAUCUCAAAUAUUCUUGAAGAAGGUGACAAGAUCUUUAGCAGUUGCUUUACCAAAAGAGAAAGGACGAAUGGAUGUAUCUUGUUUGGAGGAGGAACAGCUGAACAAGGGCAGCAGAUGUUGCAGUGGCAGCAAAAGAUGUGUUCAAUUAAACUAACAGUAUCUGGUUUGAUUUAGUGCAUGCUAACUUUUGCUUUUGUUUUCACUUUGGCAGCACUGCUGCUUUGUGUUUCAUAAGAACUGCGUUCUGACCGGUCUAAGUUCCAGAGCUUUAAAGCUGCUUAAGACAUGGAUGGGGAAUAUGUGUAAUCUGGUGGUAAUAAGCAGCUAAGAGGCAAUAGAAUAAUCCAAGGGAUGUGAAAGAAAAAGAAGGGAAGAAAGCUCAUGGCAUGGCUUCCUUUAUCUUCUUCUUUUCUUGCAGCAUUUUGAGCUGACCGAGGAGGUAAAGGCGGUGGAAGACCAGGGACUGUAGUGCACUUAACGUCAGAGUUUGGGAUGCUCAUCUUGUCACUGGAUUGGAUGAAUUCACAUAGUUUAAUAGGGUU